AUGUUGCUGGAGGAGGUAUAUACUUUCUUCGUGAAGUCAACCGAACGUUGGAAAAAACUGAUAAAUGAGAUAGGAAGAGGAAAGAGGCUCAAGAGAGUGAAUCUAACUCGUUGGUCGGCUAGAGCAGAUGCCUGUAAAAGUCUAAGAGAUUCUUGGGAUGAAGUAGUAACAGUUUUAAAAAUUAUUGAAAAUGACACUACAGAGAAACCCGUCCCGCGAAAUGAGGCAAAAGGAAUUCGCAUUAAAUUAGAAAAACUUGAAACUGCUUUCAUGGUCGUAUUUUGGAAUGCUAUUUUGGAGAGAUUAAAUAAAGUGAGUAUUCAGAUUCAGAGCUCAUCUGUAGAUGUUUUGACGGUAUCUGAUCUCUAUGGAUCUCUAGUAGAGUUUACAAUAGCAGAACGAGACAACUUUGACUAUUUUGAAGAAAAAGCAAUUGAGAUGAGCGCUCUUAAGCAAUAUCAAGGUGAAAAAAAGAGGCAACCUAAAAGAAAAAAAAUGACGGAUGAAACAUCGAAUGAAGAACCUGAAACACCCUACGGCUCCAGAGAUUUUUUCAGAGUGGACACCUUUUUGGUCAUCCUUGAUAGACUGAGGGCUGAAAUAGAGAGAAGGCAUAAUGCUUACUUAAACUUUAAAGAAAAGUUUUUAUUUUUAACAAAAAUUACUGAAUUUUCAACACAAAUAGUUACCGAAAAAGCCCAGUCGCUGGUGAAAUAUUAUACCAAUGAUUUAGAGGAAGAUUUGGUUCAAGAAUGUGUGCAUUUUCACAGUUACAUUUCCUCUAGUAAUGUUGCAGAAUGUGCAGUGAAGCCUAGAUCAAACUCAUUGCUCAGUCUCUCAACGUUUUUGAGGAAUCACUCGCUGUCUAAUGUUUACCCUAACUUAGAUAUAGUUCUCCGCAUCGCACUUUCGACUCCGGCUACGAAUUGCUCUGGGGAAAGAAGUUUUUCCUGUUUAAAACGAGUAAAAAAUUAUCAAAGGCCUUCAUUGUCUCAAGAAAAAAUGAAUUCUUUGGCUCUUCUCUACCUAGAAGCAGAGAUAAUGAACACUAUAAACUAUGAUGAUAUUAUAAAUGAUUUUGCUAUUAAAAAGUCCCGUAAAAAAUUGUAA